AUGCCUGAAACUAAACAAAAUGUACAUCCAGAUCUUCAAAAAGAGAGAGAUAAAUGCACAUUUGACCCAAUGGAAUUAACCUACUUUCUAGAUGGUGGCAAAGAAAAAACUUUCGAGAAGCAUGCAAGAGAGCAAUUUUUCCUAAAUGAUCCGGAAUUAAAAGAUACUGUACCAAAUGAGUAUUUAAGUCACAAAGAGAAAUAUGAAGUUGCCGUGAGGAAGGCAUGCUUGAUAACAAGGAAAAUUCGGGAGUUCAGCGAGCAAGGUCAUGGAGGUGUAGACAGUUACCGGGCAUUACUGGGAGCUACUCUUGGUUCUGCAAUAUUGAAAGAUGGCAACCCACUUACAUUACAUUACGUUAUGUUUAUACCAACACUCAUGGGACAAGGAACAGUGGAACAACAAGCGGAAUGGAUAGGCAGAGCUUGGACUUGCAGUAUUAUUGGGACAUAUGCUCAGACUGAACUGGGUCAUGGCACAUUCAUUAGAGGUCUAGAAACAACUGCCACAUAUGAGCCUGAGACACAAGAGUUUGUUCUUCAUAGCCCAACUCAAACAUCAUUCAAAUGGUGGCCUGGUGGGCUGGGACAUACAGCAAAUUAUUGCGUGGUCGUUGCGCAGCUAUACACUAAGGGUGAAUGUCAUGGUAUUCAUCCAUUCAUUGUUCAAUUACGGGACGAGGAGACGCAUGAACCAUUACCAGGAAUAACAAUAGGUGAAAUUGGAACCAAAUUGGGCAUGAAUGCUACCAAUAAUGGAUUUUUAGGCUUUAAUAAAGUUCGCAUACCACGUGAGCAGAUGUUGAUGAAAAAUGCACAAGUUCUUGAGGAUGGAACGUAUGUAAAAUCUCCCAGUAGUAAGUUAACAUAUGGUACUAUGAUUUUCGUACGGGUUGUGCUCGUGCAAGAUAUGUCGGUAUAUUUAUCUAAAGCUGUUACGAUUGCGGUAAGAUAUUCGGCCGUACGGAGGCAAUCACAACCUAAACCCGAUGAACCAGAGCCUCAAAUUUUGGAUUAUGUAACACAGCAAUAUAAACUAUUUCCAAAUAUCGCCAAAUGUUUCGUUUUCCGUAUGACAUCAGAAUGGUUAUGGGACAUGUACAAUAGCGUGACGUCUGAGCUGGAAUCUGGGGAUAUGGAACGACUUCCCGAACUGCACGCGAUGUCAUGUUGCCUGAAAGUGCUCAGUACAUCUGACGCAGCCGCUGGUGUCGAGACCUGUAGGUUAGCCUGCGGCGGUCAUGGGUACAUGGCUUGCUCUAAUUUACCUGCUAUGUAUGGGCUGGCGACUGCGGCAUGUACAUAUGAAGGAGAAAAUACUGUAUUAUUACUUCAAGCUGCAAGGUAUUUAAUGAAAGCUUGGGUGCAGGCUGUUGCAACGCCAAACGAAUUGAUGCCAACAGUCAAAUAUCUUGCUAAAGGAGCGAAAGAUAAAAGUAGUUCAGUUUCUUGGAAAAAUACCAUUGAAGGACUCAUAAUAGCCGCCCAAAUGGUUGCAGCAGGAUGUGUUAAACAAAGUUAUAUAAAUAUUGAAAAGAGAAAAAGUGCUGGUCAUAGUACAGAAGAUGCUUGGAAUUUAACGUCUUUGGAAUUAGUUAAAGCCGCAGAUGCUCACUGUAGAGCAUUUGUCAUAGAAAAAACAUUAUCGCAAAUGCAAUUAAAAAUGAAGGGUUUGUCAGCUCCAUUGUGCAAAGUUCUUAUGCAACUUGUUGAGCUGUAUGCUGUGGACUGGGCUUUGACUCACGUCGGGGACUUAUUAAGGUACACUAACGUUAAAGAGGCGAAUAUCCAGGAUCUCCAAACGUGGAUGGAAAGAUUAUUAACAGAACUACGUCCUAAUGCAGUAGGUAUAGUUGACGGAUUUGAUAUUUGCGAUGAAAUUUUAGCAUCAGCUUUAGGAGCUUACGACGGUCAAGUUUACAAGAGACUGUUCGAGGAAGCAAUGAAAAGUCCACUUAACGCCGAACCUGUAAAUAAAUCAUUCCAUCAGUAUUUGAAGCCGUUUUUGCAAUCCAAUCUGUGAAAAGAAAAUAUUCUACAUUUUUCUAGAUAAAGUGGAAUGAAUUGAAAAUAUUAAGGAGUGCACGUGUUUUGUUUUGCGAAAUGCUAUAUUAUCUGUCCAUUUAUACACAAGUAUUCAGAGAUUAAAAAAUCAAUUACUUAAAUCUUAUUUUGAA